AUGGUCAAGUACAUUGAAUCUACGAUGUUAUCUGUACAUAUUGGUGUUGUUGAACAUGGCCAUUCGCUAUUUCUCCGGUCGUCUGCUGAGUUUCAGACGCGAUACAUGAAUAUCGCGCCGACUCUGCGGAUUGACAUCUUUGGAGAGGGCUACAUCAUCACCGAUCCCGUCAACAUCGAAACCAUCUUGAGCACUCGUUUCGAGGACUUUGGCCUAGAUUCUCGUCGACUGAGGCUGAUGCCCCUACCAGGUGAAGGCAUCUUUACAGACUCAGAUUUGACGGCAUUCGGAGAGCACACGGACAUGCUUCUACUUGCUCUAGAGCACGAAUCACAGAAGUCAGCCGCUGUUGAUUUACAGCCUCAUUUUUUUGAGUACACUCUAGGCACCACCACGCAUCUUCUAUUUGGUGAGCCACAUCAUAACCUUCCCAAGAAGGGAAGGCUAGCUCUCCGUCACAACUUCGACUAUGCAACCUUGAUCUCAGCUAUCCGACUCCAUCUUUCCGAUCUCUCCUAUCUCUGCUCGCCCAAAAAUUUUCAAGAAGCUUGCAAAGUUGUCCGGGACUGGGCUACUUUCUUUUCUGAUAAAGCACUGGACUUCAUGGAGGAACAUGGCGAGGAAGCCGCCAAAUCCUCUUUCAUCGUAAACCUCUGGCGCGAUACCCGGCAGAGACACGACAGCCUGUCUGCUUGGCUGGACAUUCUCGUCCGUAACCCAGAGUUAAUUGAACGACUGAAGUCUGAGAUGGCCAGCGCAGCGAUCCCCGAUAACGGCGUUCUUACAGGGAAGCACAUCCAAGAACUUCCCUUCCUAAGCACUCCAUCUAUACCCGUAGCUUCCUGUAAUUUCCGCAUUGCGUUUCGAACGACUGUAUUGCCCCGCGGUGUUGGGCCCGAUGGCGAAUCCCCUGUUCUGAUUCGGAACAGUGUUGGCCACGGAUGGUCUACAUAUCAUCUCCACCGGCACGAAGCUAUAUACGGUACUGACGCUAGCAUUUACCGACCAAGUCUAUGGGAAGACGGUGACUUGAUUCGCAAAGCCGGGCUUGGUGGAUUCUUGGAUUUCCAUGGUGGACCACGUGUUUGUCUCGGCACAGAGGAUUACGCAAUUAUGGAGGCGAGCUAUGCAAUUGUCAGAAUGUUGCAAAAGUUCCCUGGUAUUCGACUUCCCCCCGGUGUGCCUAAUGAGCCUGUAGGUAUGAAGAGGCAACAUUUGGGUAUUGUCUUGACCAGCGCGGAGGGAGCUCAAGUUUUAUUAGAGUAG